GGACGGCACGAAGGUCUCGCUGGGGUUGGGCGUCAUCUGCGCCUGCGUCACGGCGAACGACGACGCGAAGUUGUACAAACUGUCCAACAUCUUCUGCGUGAACAGCCGCAGCGUGUCCGCGGUGGACGCCGCCGCCCCCGACACCGGCGUCUGCUGGGCCAGCUGCUCCAGCGGCUCCACCGACACGCCGACCUGCGCCACGGACGGAGCGGCCGAGGCCACGGUGCCGAACGGGUGCGCCCCCCCGGCCUGGCCCGCCCUCAAGCCCGAGAUCUUGAAGAUGGCGCUCGGCUUGUCGUUGGCGAUGAAGCCGAGCAGCUGCCACACCGGCCCGCCGCUCUCCGGGUCCGGGAAGGAGAAGUAGACCGCGCCGCCCAUGCCGGCGGGGAACGGCACGGUGCCCAGCAUGAACACCACCACGUGGUUGACGCUCUCGUAUUCCGAGAGGGUGAAGACGAAUUUGUCAGGGGCCACCUGGACCGCAUCGGUCUGCACCAGGCGGCCGGCCACCAAGCAGCCGAACAUGGCGAGCGGCUUGCCAGGUGCCCCGCCUUAGCUUAGCCGCUAGCUUAGCCGCUAGCGUCAGAUACCGCUUGAGUUCCUGCUAUAGUAGCUUAGCUACGGGUCUAGCUUGAUUAGCCGCUAACAGCUAGCCGCCGUUCGCUCCGCCUGGACUCAGGACUGCUAGCUCGCUGGACUGCGACACAACCGAUAAACGACGGUGGAGAGUUCCAGAAGCUUUUCAGAUUGCUGACUGUCGCUUGUGCUCGGCUAUCGAUUACACGCCCUGGGAAAAUAAACGUGAUGUAUUUUGUCAUCAUUAAUAUGAUCAUAAUAAGGGCAAAAUAUUAUAUUCAUAAAUGUCAAUAUGGCCAUCUGAAAACCUACUUUAACACGCUUUCACGAUGACACUGUUGCCAACAUCAAACUUAUGACUACUAAAGGCUCUAAAAGCGAUAUAUUUCUACAACUUUAACUUUCUAAAUUAUUUGAAUGCAUAUGAAAGCUAACCAUUUUAAGGUGCUGAAUACUGUUAUUCAGAAACAUGCAUAAAAACAACUCAAGUAGUAUUUUACCUUUUCAGGUUUGAGGUUUGUUUUUAUGACUUAAUUGGAUAUAAUAUAUGUAAGUACUGAAGCAAAAUCGUUAUUUUAACUUAUUCGGUCGUUUAUAUGCGCUGCUGUCACUUUUAACACAAUAAAAGAAACGAAAUGCAAUAAAUGUGACUUGUAAUAUUUUCAUCAAAUGCUAUAUAUACAUCCCAAACAAGUCCAACAAUUAACGUCAAAUAAUAUUUAUUAGUAGUUCUGUGUUGUUGUAUUUUUAUGGGGCCUUUUCGACAAGCUGAUGAUGGUUUUAUUUUGAAGGGGCGAAAAGCCGCCGGAAGUUCACGGUGUUCCAGGUCCUGCUCCAACUGCUGCUCUUUAAGCCAACUACAACGUCAAAACAAUUGGAAAUAAGCGAAAGUGUUCUUUUCGACCGUUUGUGCACCAUCAACGUCCUCCUGUGGGGAUUGCAAAAUUGUUUUAUUGUGACUCGCAGGCAGCGUGAUUGGCUGUGAGCUGCUGAUUCCUAAUAAGAAGAAAAGAAAAUGGCGAGCGUCCACAGUCUCUUGCUAAAUGAGGAUGCAUGCAGUCAGCUGAGUGAACAUCAGCGAGCCGAGUUCAUCUUUGAUUGGCUCAGCCGCCUGAAGAAGCGCCUCCCUUCCAGCGACAGGGCCGUCAUCAAACAGAACCAGCGCCGCCUCGUGGACCAGCUCUCGGGCGUUCUGGUGGGCUCGCCCGGACCGCCCGCCCGCAGGCUGCUGGCCCACUGCUUGGCGCUGUUGUUUCGCCUUGGCGACCCCGUCCCUUCCAGCUUACUGGUGGAGCGGUGCAAUGACAUCAUCCGCGUCAAGGACGACUCGCCGUCGUGUCUCCCCAACAGACUGGCCGCCGUAGCGUGUCUUGGUGCCAUGUUCGAGCAGCUGGGCGGGAUGCUGGGCGGCCUCCUCAAGGACACGUUGGCCAACCUGCUGAAAGCCCUGAAGCACGCCGAGUCUCAAGGUCGCUACGAGAUCUUGGCUUCGCUGGAGAGGAUGCUGCGAGGCGCAGGCGCCGGCGCCGUGUCGGCUCACCGCGAUGUCUACAAGGCGGCCCGGACCUGCCUGACGGACCGCUCCACGGCGGUGCGAUGCGCCGCCGCCAGGUGCCUGCUGGAGUUGCAGCGCGAGGCGGCGUUCCUGUGGACCAGCGAGCUGGAGAACGCGUCCACGCUGUGCUUCCGGGCCUUCGAGGGCUCCGACCGUGACGCCCGCGUGUCGGUCGCCAAGCUGCUGGGAAGCUUGCUGGCGGCGGCGCUGGAACCCAGGAAUAACGGCGCAGCCCCCAGACAAAGCGGGCGAGGCCGCAGAGCCCUGGAGGAAGUCAUGGAUCUGUUGUCCGCGGGCUUCGCAAGGGGCGGCGCCGGCUUCCUGCGGGCCAGCGGCGACAUGCUGAAGGGGACCAGCUCUGUGAGCAAGGAGGUCCGCUUCGGCGUCACACAGGCGUGCGUGAUCUUUGUGUCCACGAUGGGCGGCGCCUGGCUGGAAGCCAACUUGGCGUCCUUCCUGUCGCUGUCGAUGGCGCUGGCGUCCAACACGAGGGCGACACCCACGGCGGGCGAUGCCGCUGUCAUCCGCCGCUGCGUCUCCUUCAUCCUGAGGAACACGGUUGGCUCGCUCCUCAGCGAGAAGGCUCAGGGGAACGCCGCCAGACACCUGUGCGCCAUCGUGGAGACGCACAAACACGCUUUUGUGGCUGAUGGGAAGACGGAGGGCAAGUUCGGCUGUGCGGACGUCACCUCCGGUCAACACGGGUUGGUCUGCUGCCUUUUGGAGUUGGGAGCUCUCAUCCAAGGCUUGGGCUCCACUGCUGCCCCUCUCUUGAGUGACGGAAGCACAGGGCUCCUGGAGUCGGUGGGUUCGGUCCUCCUUCACCCAACGUCUUCGGUCCGCCUGGCCGCCGCUUGGUGCCUGCGCUGCGUCGCCACGGCGAUGCCGUCCCAGUGCUCCCCUCUGUUGGAUCGCUGCGCGGAGCGUCUGGCGGCGCUCAAGUCUUGCCCCGAGGCCGUGGCCGGAUACGCAGCCGCCCUCGCCGCCCUGGUGGCAGCGGUGCAGCAUUGCCCCACCGGGAUACCGCACGCCAAGGGCACGGUGGUGGUGGAUCUAGCUGAAGACUUGCUGCGUUCGGCCUCUCAGAACAGUCGGCUCGCUCUGCAGAGGACGCAAUCCGGCUGGCUGCUCAUUUCGUCCGUCUGCACUCUGGGUCCGGCCGUUGUGGAUCAGCACCUCCCACGCCUCCUCCUGUUGUGGCGCUGCGUGUUUCCCGCCUCCCUCCGAGAGCAAGAGAUGGAGCUGAGGCGAGGGGACCACUUUACGUGGAAGGUGACGCUGGAGGGCAGAGCCGGGGCUCUCUCUGCCAUGAAGAAGCUGCUGCUUGACUGUCCGGAUGUGUUAACGAACGACGUCAUCGCUCACCUCGUGACGCCCAUCGCGUGCGCCGUCGGCCUCCUCCCAAAACUUCCCGCUCUCGUCGGGUCGUAUGGUUCCCGCGUGGCGGCGUGGACGCCGGUUUACCGCCUGCGAGUGUACGAGCUGCUCGCCACGCUGCCGCCGCAUGUCUACCAAGAGAGUUUCGGUUUGGUGAUGAACCAGCUGGUGUCGGACCUGCUGGCGCAGGAGAACCUCAACCGGCCGUGCUCGGAGCUUACCUUCCUGCCUUCCCUCUGUCACCGCGACGACCUGCCGCUCCUCGGCCCUGCCCUCUGCGAAAGUGGCCACAGAUACAUUGAAGAUCAGGUGUACGCCGCCGGAGGGUCCCUGGACGACGACCCGUUCGCUCUCUGCGACCGAGGCGACGAGGCUCCCGUGUCAACUCUUCCCGCCGCCACCCUGACCGCUGCCGCUAGUCGCCUCUUCGGACUCCUUUUCCCACACAUCAUCGCCGCUCAGAGGGUGAAGAUUCUGGAACAGUUUGUCGAGGCGCUGAAGCAGCUGAGGAGUCAACGGCAGCAGACGGUCCAGAUGCAUGUCUGCGCUGCCCUCUGUAGUCUGCUCAAGGACCCGUGCGCCACCCGAAGCUCUUUGGGCCCGGAGGAGGCUCGUGUCCCUGUUCUGUCUCUCCUGCUGGGGGCGCUGGACAGCAGCAGCCCUGCGCUGCGUUGCGCGGUGGCCGAGGGGCUGGCGCGGCUCGUGCAGGUCGUCGGAGAUGCCGGCUUCACAGUCGCCGUCUCGCUCCUCUGCUUCGACAGGCUGAAGAGCGCCCGGGACGCGGCGUCUCGCAGCGGCUGCGCUCUGGCUCUAGUGGCGCUGCACCGCUACGUGGGAGGCGUUAGCUCUCCUCAGCAUCUCUCCACGUGUCUGGGAGUCAUCUUCACGCUGAGUCAGGACGCCACCUCACCCGAGGUUCAGACAUGGUCUCUACACAGUCUGUCCCUGUUGGUGGACCUGUCCUGCGGUCUGUACCGCACCCACGCGGAGCCCUCCUUUACCAUGGUGCUGCGCCUGUUGCUCUCGGCGCCACCCACCCACCCCGAGUUGCAUCGCAGCCUCGGACGUUGCCUGCACGCCCUCAUCGCCUGCCUGGGGCCGGACCUGCAAGGGGAGGGGUCCGGCGUGGCGGCAAUGCGCUCCAAUUGUCUGGUGGCCUGCGGCGCCAUGCAGGCCACGCCCCACUGUCUGGUUCAGGCCCACGCCAUUUCCUGUCUGCAGCAGCUGCACAUGUUCUGCCCGCAACAUGUUCACCUGGCCAGCCUCGUACCUGCGCUCUGUGAGAUCUUACUGGAAUAUUCCAUGUUGGCCAACCUGUGCAGCUCGCACCUGUGCCUGCGUCGGGCGGCGGUGGCGUGCCUGAGGCAACUGGUCCAGCGGGAGGCGCCGCAGGUGCGCGAGCUCGCCGUGACGCAAGCGAAGGACCCGCAGAGGCGGGACAACACUCGACUGGACGUCGCCAUCAAGGAGGUGGGCCUGGAGGGGGCGCUCUUCUCCCUGCUGGACCAGGAGUCGGAGCCGGGACUCCGGCGGGACAUCCAGGAGACUUUGGUCCACAUGAUGGCGUCCAGCGUCACCGGUGGCAUGCUGGGACACUGGCUGAAGCUCUGCAAGGACGUCCUGGCGGCGUCCGGCGCCGGGGCUCACGAUCGAAGCGCCGGCGCGGAGGCGGGUCAAGCGGACGAGGACGGGGACGGGGACCCCAGGGGCGACGACGACUCGUCGGCCUUCCGAGCUCAGGCGGAGUCGGCGGGCCCGUUCCCGGCGCUGCGCUGCUCCACGCGCUGCUUCGCCGUGGAGUGCGUGUGUGGCAUCGUCGCGCGGUGCCAGAAAGACGACCCCGCGCACUUUGACCUGGCGUUGGCGCAGGACAGACGCCGGCACGUGUCCACCGACUUCCUGGUGCUCCACCUGGGCGACGUGGUGCGCGUGGCCUUCAUGGCGGCCACGGACCACGCCGAGCGUCUGCGCCUGGCGGGGCUGCGGGCGCUGCUGGCCGUCAUCGUGCCGUUCGAGAACGUGGCCGAACCAGAGUUCCCGGGUCACGUCAUCCUGGAGCAGUACCAGGCCAACGUCGGAGCCGCUCUCAGACCGGCGUUCGGCGCAGACGCUCCUCCUAACGUCACGGCCAAAGCCUGUCAGGUCUGCAGCACGUGGCUGUCGAGCGGCGUGCUGAGCGAUCUGCGCGACGUCCAGCGCGUGCGCCGGCUGCUGGCGUCUUCGUUGGCCAAGGUCCAGACGGGAAGCGAGCCGCGCGGUCGGCUGUACAAUGAGGCCACGGUUACCAUGGAGACCCUGGCGGUCCUGAAGGCCUGGGCCCAGGUUUACAUCGUGGCCGUCCGGAGGGGCCGACGGGAGGCCGGGUCGGGAGGGGCGGGCCUUCUGGCUCUGGUCCAAUCGGAUCUGCCCAAGUUGAGCCGCCUGUGGCCGGCGGCGCUGCGGGACUACAGCGUGCUGACGCUGCCCCGGGAAGACUGCGACGGCUCGCGAGCGCCGGCGGCAGGGGGUUCCUUCUUCACGGCCGAGACAGCCAAUCAGGCCAGGAGUCACUACGCUUCCUCCUGGGCGCCCAUCCUGCACGCCACGGCGCUCUGGCUGCACAGCACAGGUUUCGUGACGUACGAGGACACCCCUGCCAACCUGUCCCGCCCGGUCACGCCCAACUCCAUGGGGCACAGCGGUUCAGCGGACGACGCCGAGAGUCCGGAAGACGUCAACGCGGAGCGGCUGCACCUCAUCCUGGGCCUCAGCGUGCACUUCCUGUGUUCCCCUCGCUCGGAGGAGCAGAUGGAGAACAUCGCUUCCUGUCUGCAAGCUCUGCAGGCGCUGCUGGACGUCCCGUGGAUCCGAGCCAAGAUCGCGAGUGACCGGCUGUUGAGCGUGGAGCUGCUCAGCGUGCUCCACAGGCUGCUGGUCACCAGAGAGUCGGCGUCCGUCCAGGCGGCCGUGUCGGACCUGCUGGGACAGAUCGUGAGGGCCGCGCAGGAGCACGUCAGGGAGAAGCGACACAGCGCCGAAGCGGACGACGGCGCGUCGGAGAAGGAGACCUUGCCGGAGUUCGGGGAGGGCCGCGAUACGGGCGGCCUGGUGCCGGGACGCUCGCUGGUCCUCGGAGCGCUGGAGAUCUGCCUCAGCGUGCUGCUCAGAAAACUGCCCGCCCUCAGCCCCAAACUGGCCGGGACCCCCAGUGCCGGUCAGGAACUCUUUGUGUGUGUGUGCGUGCGUGCACAUUGUUCACGUGUGCGCGUGCACGCAGGUCCCGGCGGUUCGGUGUGGCGUCUGAGCGACGGCGAUUGUCAUCUGGUGUCGUCGGCCUUGUGCGUCCUCUCCCGGCUGCCGUCGGUCUGCUCGCCCGAAGGAAGUGUGUCCGUCCUACCCGCAAUCCUCUACUUGCUGCUGGGAGUGCUCAGAGAGAUUGUGCUACAGCCCGGCGCAAACAAUGCGAAGUGCGAGCUCCCCGCGUGUCCUCUCCCGGAGGCGUCGGGCUCCGGCGACGGCGGGAGCGGACCCGCUCGGGUGGUGCGGGCGCUUCUGCUGGCGCUUAAGACCGUGUCGGCGUCGGCUCGGCGGGAGAAAAGUGGCGGCGCGCGCGACGCCGUACUGCGCUCGGCUCUCUGCGCGCUGCUCGACAUGUGGAACGCCGGGCCGAGCGUCGCGGACCCGACGGUCCUCCUGACGGCCCUGACGGUUUUCCUGCUGAGCGCCGGUCCGGACGUGUGCGCGGCGGCGCCUUCUCUGCACGCCCUCACGCUGCGGCGCUUCAGCGACGCCAUGGACGCCGAGGACCCCGACGUGUCGUGUCGAUGUUUCCAGUUGCUGUCGUCGCUCUUCGGGGCGAAACCGGAAGUUUCCGUGCCGUACGUCCGCACGCUGGGACCGCCGCUGCUCAAAUUCCUUCAGAAGGUGGCGCGGCGCCGGCCUCGAAGUCCCGAGGAGCUGCGGGCGGUUCUGGAGGGCGUGGCCGCCUUGGAGGUUCUGGUCCUGGCGGCGGACCAACACCAGCUUGGUCCUCGCGCAGGUCCCGGGCUGGUGGCCAUCUUGUUUCCCGCGCUCAUCGACUUCCUGCUGGACGAGAACGCGCUGAGCUCGGCCCCCGCGCCGUCCCGCUCGCUCCACCGGGCGGCGCUAAAGGACCUCGUGCGGCUGGGACCGCAACACUCGGCCGUCUUCAGGUCUCUGAUGUCGACGUCCCCUGACCUCAAGUCCCGCCUGGAAGCCGCCCUCAAGGCAAGCCAGGAGAGCGCUAGCCACGCUAAAACUAACGCAGCCGCUAACUCGCCCGGCGGCGCGGUCAAGUCGUCGCCCACCAUCACGCUCAAAACCAACUUCCUGUGAGGUCGGCGAGGAGGCUGAUUGGUGGGCCGCCUCCUGCGACGUGUUCACGCUCCCUUGUACAAUACACUACUUGCCCUGUCCAACAGGAAGUUACGCAACUCGGCUUUCGCAGUAAGACCACGCCAACUUCCUGUCAGGAGCCGUUGAUGGUGUUUUCUUGGAAUUGCUGUGUUCGGGGUUAUUCCUCCCAUCUUUUUGUCGGGGGCUUCAACAUGUUCGAAAACUAGCCGCGUGGAUGCUGGUGUACAUUUCUUGAUUUUGGGGCUCCCCAACACUGCGUCCCCAAACUCACUCAGUAGCGCCCCCUGGAAGGUUAGACAACAAAUUGCCCCGGCAGCAGUUUCAACAGUUGACACGAAAUGAUGUGGACAUGUCUGUCAUGCAAGUUGCAACAGGAAGUCAGCCAUUUUGCUUUGAAGCAGCCAUUAUGGGUGAAUUUGAUUAUUGAGUCCCCUGGGAACUUCGAGGGGGGGAGAAAAGCCCCCAGGACUGGUUUCGUGGCGGCGGUGCGAAGUUUGCCAUACGUCUAUCAUCGCAGGACGCAUGGAAAAAGUCUCAAGGACCCAUGCCCGAAAUGAAACGACAAGUCGAAGCAGCCGUUUUGGACAAAUUCCUACUUGGGAAAAUAAAGCGAGGGAAUGAACACGUGAGGAAGUAAUCCUGUCGCGUUUGGGUCCCCCCUCUGAGCACUUCUUCAACUUCCUCGACGUCGCGUGCACAAGCUGCAUUUGCAGUGGUGGGAAAAAGGCUUCUCAAAUUCAUACUUUUUGGCAGUUUCCCCACUUUAUUAAGAUCAUCGAAGAUAACUCAAACAUCAAGUUCUAUUUCCAAAUGGUGAUCUUUGAGUGCAGUACAUUCAAAUCAACUGUUUUUCCCCAGAACAUUUGUAGUGUCCUUGUCCUCAAAUAGGCGUCCCGUUCAAAUUCUGUGUCCCGUCCUGCUAUUUUCCUCAUUUAGUCUUUUCAAGUUCGUAUCAUAAAUACUCUGAUCAAAAAGUUGAUUGUGUGUAUGAUUGAUGUCACGUGGCUUCUUCAGCGAAAGAAAUAAUCCACUCAAAAUUCAUGUCGGCAUUUCAGAGCUUACUAGUAGCGUUGCCAGUCGUGUUUGAGGGAAAACAAACACAAAAGAAAGUCACAAUUCCUUGCUUGAGUAGUGUGGGGAGAAUUGUGAGUCUUGCACCACUUGAUGCGUGGCCAUGGCGACGGGUGUGGUCAAGAGCCAAACGGAGUUUGGUGAUUUGUGGUUUUCAUUUGCCACGUACAAAAACACACCAUAAAUUGCUCAAAUACACAGCGAGGAAUAAAUAUGUAGUUAAGAGGCAUUGACAGUUGAUAAAAUUCAUAAAAUUAGCAUUGGAAGCGACGGAAAAUAAAUCUUCACCUCACAUCUUAAAACAUUUGAAAAUAACGUUGACACGCAUACACAAAACCACACUGCAAUGCAAAGCAACAGCAAUAUUAUUUAACGUAGUAAAACAAAACCAUAUCAAAAACAUGAACAGUUUUUAUAGGUGAGAAAAUACGUUUGAUUUCAAGUUUUUUUUUUUUUUUUAAAGCUGUAAAUGUAUCGUGGUGAAGAAGGAUUCUCGAUUGAGCGGUCGAUCUCCGUUCCUCCCCUCGCCAAAGAACAAGAUGGCGGACACGAGCGGCCCAAAUGAGUUUCCUCCACAGGCUCUCCCUUCGAGAGAGGGCGAGAAGCUCGGUCGUCCGGGAGGGGCUCGGAGUCGAGCCGCUGCUCCUCCGCGUCGAGAGGAGCCAGAUGAGGCGGCCUCCCCGCUGAGGUGUUCCGGGCACGUCCCGCCGGGAGGAGACCCCUGGGGACGACCCGGGACACGGUGGAGAGACUGUGCCCCUCGGGAUCCUCCCGGAAGAGCUGGAUGAAGUGGCUGGGGAGAGGGAAGUCUGGGCGUCCCCGCUAAAGCGACUUCCACCGCGACCCGAAGAAAAUGGAUGGAUGGAUGGAUGGCUCUGUCUUCACAUGGACUACUGUUAAAAAAAAAAAAAAAAAAGUACUGAGUCUGAAAUAUGUACGAGGGCACAAAAGUAAACACUUUUUAUUAUUAUUAUUAUUACGAUAAAUUCUAUUCAAUACCAGAGGUGGGUAGUACCACCCGUUUUCUUUUAGGGGAAUUGUACAUGUCAGAAUAGUUUUAAUGCAGCCUACCUUUUACUUUUACUUGGCUAUUUCUGUUAAGAAGGAACUGAGCGACAUUCUGCUUCCUACUUUUGUUGUUUCAUUACUAAUCAUUGUGCUGUUUCAUGGAUGUUAACAAAAAGGAAGUUAAAUUCUGGUGAUAGAAUUCCAUUGAAGCAUCCAGACACACAAACUUUGCAUUGUAAACAUUAAUAAAAUGGCUAAAACUUAAGAUCUUGUAUUUGUUUAAGACAUGGCAGUGAUGGUGAUUUAUUU